UCAGAGAAUCCCAGAACAGAAUCAUUCUUUGCGCUUUUUGGCCAUGGUUUGGUUUUUGUGUGCAUUGGUGUUCAUUCACGCUUACAUCGGAACUCUCGUAUCGUUUUUGAGCGUUCCUAACAUCAAGCCAAUCAUACGAUCACUAGAAGAGUUACCGUCAUCUGGACUAGGUUGGAUUGUUUGGCGUGGAUCAGAUUUGGAAUCCUUAUUCAUGGAAGCAAAAGAUGGUUUAAACCUUAUCAUUGGUGAUAAAUUACGCAACAACCCGGAAUGGUUAGUUGACUCCUUUGUCGAUGGAGAACAAGCUGUCGUGGAUGGAGAUUUUGUGUACAUGAAUAAUCAAGCAAGAAUUAGAUAUGCAAUCGAGCAAAACUUUAUUCAAUCCGGAAAGCAGUGCCAUUUGAGCAUGGCUAAGGAAACAUUUGACAAAGUCAACCAAGCAUUUGCUUUGCCGAAGGGAAGUCCCGUUGGAAGUUUAUUCAACAGAAAGAUGCUCAUGAUGAUGGAAACCGGAUUGAUGGAACAUUGGCGAAUGAAACACCUUUCAAGAAACGACCACUGCAGCGCAUCUUUUUCUUACGGAACUGUUUUGCGCAAGCUUACUUUGGAAGAUGUUAAAAGCGCUUUUCUCAUUUGGUUUGUCGGGUUAAGUAUUGCAUUUGCCGUUUUCGUGGCGGAGAACGUAGUUUUUUUCGCCGGGAGAAAGUUCCGCAAUUCAUGAACGAAAUAAAUCAAGGUUAAUAAAAGAAACGUCAAGUU